GGUUUCAAAAUUAGAUUGCAGGAAAAAACAACAUUGAUUUAUUAUGUGGCAUAAAAUAUAAAAAAAAAUCCGUUUCGUUUUUAAAACACUUUCAAAUAGGCCUAAACAAGAAACAAUGAUUUGUAAAUCUGACAAACCUGCAUUUUUUGUCCCUUAUCUGAUGUUGAAACUAAUAAUAAUCAACACACAAAUGUUGGAUCAGAUGAGGCACCAGGAGCAGCUGUGGGCUGGGCCUCCUGCAGUCGGCACUGCAGACAUGUUGUUUACUGAGAUGAGGAUUAAAUCGUGAAGUUUAAUUUAAAUAAAUAAAUAAAUAAAUAAAUAAAUAAAUAAAUAAAUAAAUAAAUAAAUAAAUAAAUAAAUAAAACAACGUGUGAGCAGYAGUUUGCUGUGACCCUUCGACCUGGGUAAAGUCAGCAGCUGGAGCAGGAAGCUGAGUCCAGAUGUGAAUUUCCAGCGGUUCUUUGGGUUUUCCAGUCUGGGCGGAGCAGGAAGUUGCGGCUCAGCUGUACUUUCUUUUCACACACCGUCCUGUCGCUGAGGCUGCAUAAACACGCGAGGACCGGAUCGGACCGGACUUGGCUCGGAGUAGGAUGGCCGUGCUGGUGGAUUUGAUCCACGGCUGCUGCACGGCAUGCACCGCGGCCUCUCUGCAGCGCGAGGCGGACUCGCGGGUCUUCCUGCUCUGCGGGGACUCUCUCCGGGAGGACGGCGGGUUUCCAGAGGACUUCCUGACCUCCCGCAGCAGCGUCCAGGUCCUGGACUUCGGCUCCAUCGCGGAGUGUUUGUUCAGGUUCAAGCAAACCCUGGACCGGCUGGACCUGAGCUCCGUCAGGGUCUGGACCAGUCCUCGGGGUCGAGAGGAGCUGCUCCAGUACCAGGAGCUGCUUUUUACAGCCGUUUAUACCUUCGAGUACCAAGUGGAGCAGCUCACCUGUCCCAGCUGCACAAGCCCCGCCCACACGGACUCACCUGGUCUGAGGGUGCAGGAGGACGUGUCCAGGUUUCUGCAGCAGCUGCCCGCCUUACAGGGACCCAUCCGGGUUCUGAAGUCUACACUGGUUCCAGAGAUCUUUGGUCACGGCUUCAGCACGCGUUCAGGAGGCGUGUCUUCCAUCCCAACUCUGGCCUCCUUAAACCUGUUCUGCAGCAGCCGGAGGAGGGACCCCGGGGCCGUGGUGAUGGAGAACAAACGCAGGCUGGCCCUCCAUGCUGGCUUCCACCCUCUGCCUCUACGUUUUGUCAAAGUGAAUCAUGCCAGUGACGUCUUUGUUUUGGGGAAAGCUGAGCCUGAAAGCUACGACUCCAUAGUGACCGAUCAGAGUGGAGUUGUUCUAACGGCUCCAGGCGCGGACUGCAUGCCCAUCCUGUUCGCCGACCCAGUGAGGAGGGUCAUCGGAGCCGCUCAUGCAGGAUGGAAGGGGACCAUAAUGGGGGUAGCCAUGGCAACAGUGGAGGCGAUGGUAGCAAAUUUCGACUGUGAAGUGAGCGACAUUGUGGUGGCGGUGGGACCAUCGGUGGGUGUGUGUUGCUUCACGCUGGACAGAGAGCAGGCGUUGGAAUUCACCGGGGUCCAUCCAGACUGUGUACCCAAUCCAGAGUCAGCCAAGCCACACGUGGACAUCCGCCUCGCCAACAGAGUCCUCCUCCAGAGAGGCGGCGUCCUGCCAGAGAAUAUCCACGACCAUUUAGUGACGGAGCGACCCCUGGUGACGCCCUGCACCUCCUGUCACCCCGAGGACUUCUUCUCUCACGUCAGGGAUGGACUCAACUUCGGCACCCAGGUGGGAUUCUUGUGGAUCAAAGAGACCACAGAGCAGACUGGGUCUACAGAGAGUCAGACGGGCUGAAGACGUCCAUCAGAGACCCUGUCUGAGGAGGCAGCAGACAUGAGGCUGCUGCAGGAAGAGCUGAGAAAAACCACCACUGUAAGGGUGGAUGUAAGACUCUGAGGGUAAUUCUACCUUGAUAGCUCAUCUUUUUGAGUUCUUUUCAUGUCAGAAAACACAACACAUGGGCAGAUCCAGUCAACAAAGACAAUGUGAACUAAAUCAUAAGCUGCUCUUUGUAACGAAACAUGUGAAUAAACAAACAGUAGAGUGUGCAAA